UUCACUACAGGAAUCAACGUCGUCGAAUUACUUCAGUCGGAUAUCCUUCGACCCGUUCAUUAAAAACCUGAACACGCGAGCCCGCGAAUGGUUGCCGUUAGAAAUAGUAUUUAAAGUCCGAGAACCUAGUUAGUUCUUUUAGAGAAACAAAGCCAGCUCUCAGUGACGAAUUGUUGCGGUUGUUUCUAAAAUUCUUGAAGUGUUUCUUUUUGCUAGUAAAGAUGGAAGUUGAAAGCGUUAUGGUUACCGGAGCAAACCGCGGAAUCGGAUUGGAAUUAGUAAAACAAUUGGUGCAAUUACCUAAACCUCCUAAAUAUGUAUUUGCCACCUUCAGAGAUGACAGCACUAUUCAGGAUCUCAAAAACAUUAAAGAUUCAUCCAAAGAAAGUCAGGUUAUCUUGGUCAAAAUGGAUAUCACAAAGAUAGAAGACAUCCAAAAUGCUCGGAAGAUAAUUGAAGACUCGGUUGGAGAGAAAGGGCUGAACCUCCUGAUCAACAACGCAGGUGCCGUGAAGUGGCAGGGUUUCCCAGACAUAACGGAAGACAAUAUGCUGUUUCACUUUUCCACCAACACCAUUGGCCCACUCAUGAUAGUGAAGGAAAUGCUACCUCUUCUGCAGAAAUCCGCUGCUAAUAAAACUGAUGGCUUAAGUGUGUCAAGAUCAGCUAUCCUCAACAUUUCUUCCACUGCCGGUUCCAUGGCGACAUUAUCUCCCGCAAGUCCUUUGGGGACAGAGUAUUUGAAAAUCAUGGGAUACAGAGUCAGCAAGGCAGCCCUGAACAUGACCAUGAAAGUAGUUGCCCUCACCAUGACUCAGGAAUCAGGUAUCUUGUUGGUGAACAUGUGCCCUGGUUGGGUAAAGACAGACAUGGGCACAGAUCGAGCCAUGCUAGAAGUUUGGGACAGUGUUUCCGACAUCAUAAAAACCCUUCCUACUCUCAACGAAUCACACCAUGGAACAUUCCUGGACAGGCAUGGGAAAACUAUCCCUUAUUAGACUCAUUCAUGAACUUAUUUAUUUCUUUUCCAUCAAUUUUCAAUCAUGAAUUCUGUGUGAUAUUGGUUAAAUGGUUUGCAUAGUAACUUCAUGGCAAUGCAUGAAACUCUGUUGUACAGAAAUAACGAUUGAAGAUGAUGAACAUCUGUUAAUUACCAAAGGAAAAAAAAAAAAUAUUGGAAAGUCUGUUUUUCAUUUGAAUAAAAUUUUUUAUUUGUUUUA